UCUCUCGUGUCUUUAGCUCCUCAGUUUAAUCUGGCGUGAUUCUCUCCUCUUAAUGUCUGUGGAUUAUAUGAUAUUCUCUGAUAUUCUCUGAUAUUCUCUGAUAUUCCAUUAGAAUUGGGGUUUUACCGGAGCUGCUGAUUGUGUGUUUUUUUUCCCGGAUUUUCUUUUCUGUGUUUGUUUGCGUUAAAUUCCCGGGAUGUUUUCUGGAGCAACAAGCGGCCGCGCUGGUGCGGCAGUAGAAGCAGAAGCGGCAGCAGAAGCGGCAGCGCUGCGCUCUCGUGCGCGGUCACCGCUCUGCUGAACGCGCCGCGGGUCUGUGGAUGUUUGUCGGUUUUUUUUGGAGCGGAGCUGCAGCGGCUCACACAUCACCGGACCGCGGCUUCUUCUCUGGGAUGAACCCGCUCCUGGUGGAUCAGUAAAAGUCUGUGCGCAGCGAUUCGAUUCUGUUCUUUGUCAUGAGCAGCAGCGCUCACCGACAUCCGGACCUGAACCCGGGUUCCGUGUUCCGGCUGCUCCUGAACCUCCUGUCGCUCCUGGAACCGGCCGCCGCUCAGGAGAUUUACGCGCCGCACUCGAUCCGCGUGGAGGGCGACGUGACGCUGGGGGGGCUGUUCCCGGUGCACGCCCGUGGGGCUCCCGGGACUCCGUGCGGGGACAUCAAGAAGGAGAACGGGAUCCACCGGCUGGAGGCGAUGAUGUACGCGCUGGAUCAGAUCAACGGCGACGACGAGCUGCUGCCGAACGUGACGCUAGGCGCGCGCGUCCUGGACACCUGCUCCCGGGACACGUACGCGCUGGAGCAGUCCCUGACGUUCGUGCAGGCGCUGAUCCAGAAGGACACGACUGACGUCAGGUGCACGAACGGAGAAGCGCCAGUGUUCGUGAAACCGGAGAAAGUGGUGGGAGUGGUGGGCGCAUCCACGAGCUCCGUGUCCAUCAUGGUGGCCAACAUCCUGCGACUGUUUCAGAUCCCUCAGAUCAGCUACGCCUCCACGGCACCGGAGCUGAGCGAUGACUGGCGCUACGACUUCUUCUCCCGUGUCGUUCCUCCAGACAGUUUCCAGGCUCAGGCCAUGAUGGACGUCGUCAUGGCGCUGGGCUGGAACUACGUGUCCACUGUGGCAUCAGAGGGAAGCUACGGAGAAAAGGGCGUGGACGCUUUCACGCAGCUCUCCAGAGACGCAGGUGGAAUCUGCAUCGCUCAGUCACUGAAAAUCUCUGGUGACCAUAAACCCUCUGAUUUUGAUAAGAUCAUCCGUCUGCUGCUGGACACUCAUCACGCCCGUGCUGUCAUCCUGUUCGCCUCUGACAAGGACAUCAGGGGAAUCCUGAACGCCAGUAAACGAGCCGACCUGGUGGGUCACUUCCUGUGGAUUGGCUCCGACAGCUGGGGCACCAAAAACAGUCCCAUCCAUCAGCUGGAAGACACCGCAGUCGGAGCUGUCACCAUCCUGCCCAAGAGGACCACCAUCAGCGGUUUUGAUGCAUACUUUACGUCACGAACACUGGAGAACAACAGGAGGAACGUGUGGUUUGCUGAGUUCUGGGAGGAAAACUUCAACUGUAAACUAAUGAGCUCAUCCAGGAAAGAUGAGAGCAGCAGGAAGUGCACGGGUCAGGAGCGCAUUGGCAUUGACUCUAAAUACGAGCAGGAAGGGAAGGUCCAGUUUGUGAUAGACGCCGUGUUUGCCAUGGCCCACGCACUCCACAACAUGCAGAGGGAUUUAUGUCCGGAAAACUCCGGCAUCUGUGCUGAGAUGGAACAGGCUGGAGGGAAGAAGCUGCUCAGGUACAUCCGCAGUGUCAGCUUCAACGGAAGUGCUGGUACUGCAGUGACCUUUAAUCGUAACGGUGACGCUCCCGGACGUUACGACCUUUUCCAGUUCCAGAGGAACAACGUGACGGGUCCAGGUUACCGUGUGAUCGGACAGUGGACGGAGACGUUGCAGCUCAACAUGGAGGACAUGCAGUGGCCCGGUGGUGAGCGCAAUGUUCCCAGCUCCAUGUGCAGCCUCCCAUGUCAGACAGGUGAGAGGAAGAAGGUGGUGAAAGGGAUGUCUUGUUGUUGGCACUGCGAGCUCUGCGACGGUUACCACUACCAGUUCAAUGAGUUCACCUGUAAACGCUGCCCCUACAACAUGAGGCCCAACAACAACCGCACGGCCUGUCAGUUCAUCCCCAUCACCAGCCUGGAGUGGCACUCGCCCUGGGCCGUCAUCCCCGUCUUCCUGGCCAUGAUUGGAAUCACCACCACCAUUUUUGUCAUGACCACGUUCGUACGCUACAAUGACACACCGAUCGUGCGAGCAUCGGGCCGGGAGCUGAGCUACGUCCUGCUGACCGGUAUAUUUUUGUGUUACAUCAUCACCUUCCUCAUGAUCGCCAGGCCGGAUGUGGGCGUGUGCUCGUUCCGCAGGAUCUUCCUGGGUCUGGGCAUGUGCAUCAGCUACGCAGCGCUCCUCACCAAAACCAACCGCAUCUACCGGAUCUUCAAGCAGGGGAAGAAGUCGGUGACGACACCGAGGCUGAUCAGCCCGACCUCACAGUUAGCCAUCACCUCCAGCCUCAUCUCCGUGCAGCUGCUGGGCGUCCUCGUCUGGUUCGGUGUGGAUCCGCCCAACACCGUCGUUGACUACGAGAAGACCCUUAACCCCGUCCACGCCCGUGGCGUGUUGAAAUGUGACAUCACAGACCUGCAGAUCAUCUGCUCGUUGGGUUACAGUAUCUUACUCAUGGUGACAUGUACGGUUUAUGCCAUAAAGACGCGCGGCGUCCCCGAGAACUUUAACGAGGCCAAGCCCAUUGGCUUCACCAUGUACACCACCUGCAUCGUGUGGCUGGCCUUCAUUCCGAUCUUCUUUGGAACAGCACAGUCUGCGGAGAAGCUGUACAUCCAGACGACCACGCUGACCAUCUCCAUGAACCUGAGCGCGUCCGUAGCUCUGGGGCUGCUCUACAUGCCCAAAGUCUACGUCAUCAUCUUCCACCCAGAGCUCAACGUACAGAAGAGGAAACGCUCGUUCAAGGCCGUUGCCACAGCCGCCACCAUGUCGUCCCGACUGUCGCAUAAAGUCAGCGAGCGACCCAACGGAGAGGCCAAGACAGAGCUGUGUGAGAACAUGGAGGCCAUCAUUGAGUCACAUGACAUCUGAAGAAGACAGAGAUGAAACAUGAUGACAUCACCAUGUAUAACAUCCAAUAAUAAUCCCAGAGUAACUGACUGAGCAGUGAAGAAGAGACGCGUGAAUGACGACCUUGUGAUGUAACAGCACAGAGACGGUGAGACGGUGAGACGUGUCUUCUGCUCGCAGACUGAAAACCAGACCUGCUUCACGUCAGGCGCUGCAGCAAAGCAUCAUGGGACUUUUCCUCUGGAGCCCACAGAUGCUGUGACGUCGUUUAGAGAAUGACAAAAAAGGGUCACAUAGGGUCACGUAUUUCCCAACAUGCCCCCGCCCGCUGGAGCCACGCCUCCUGUUGUCUUGUCUUCUGAUGUACUUGCAACCGUGUUUUCAUGUUUCUGUGUCGU